GCAGGGAGUAAAUCUCGCGAUAACUCCGUGCUCAGCGAGUUCAUUUAGCUAUCGGAGCUAACCGGGACCGUGAGCGACAAACUAAGCUGAAAUCAGAGGCUCUGCAGAGAGGAAGGGGAGGAGUUUGUGCUUGACUUGUCUCUUCCCUCCAUCCUUUAAACAAACAGAGGUUUUUGGUGUUUUUUUUCUCUGCUUGUCUUGACUCACCUGAAGCCGCUGCAACACUUUGGUGACGUCAUGUCUCAGAGGUCACAGUCGGACGGUCAGAAACACUUCGCCGUGGGCCGCGGCCUCCUUGCCGCUGCAGAGACUUUAAACUUCAGCAUGAAUGAGCAGAGAAGUGGACGGCAGAUGGGGGGUGUGGCCUCCGGUGUUGGGGUGGGCGGGGGCAUGGAGGGCCAGGACGGCAGCCGGCGUGGUGGUGGUGGCGGCGGCGGCGGCGGCGGCAACAAUCUGGGCAGCACCAUGAAGCUGUUUGCCAGUUUGGGUCUGUCGCCGUCAGACCUGGACGCGCUGGCUGAAAUCCCCGAGGAGGAGAUCAGCGUGGAGACUCUGCCCAAAAUCCUCCGGCAGCUCAAGAACCGCAAGGGCGACACGGGAGAGCGGCGUCCAGCGUCCUCUAUGUCUUCUGAUGCUGCGUAUAAAGGCGGCAGGGACGGCUGGGAGGACAUGCACAUGGGGAGGAUGGGCGGUCCCUCUCUGGGUCAGGGUUCAGCUCGAGCCCAGACCUCCACGGACUUUGGGUUCAAUUCCCUGCAGGACGUCUCCUCCAGCCGUGGCUACGGCUUAGACUACAGCGGCGACGAUGGCGGUGUGGGUGGGAGCAGAGAGAGGUCAUAUUCCGAGCUUUCUCACCGCGAUUCUUACAGCGGGUUCAGGGCGGGGCCUCCACCGUCAGACUCCGUCUUUAUGCAGAGGAGGAUCGGGUCCCCGUCCAACGGAAAAGUCCAAGACUUCUUGGGAGUCACGCCCGCCAUGUUCCCUCAUGUGUGCUCUCUUUGUGACUUUGACGUUCACUCCGUGAUGGAGUGGAACCAGCACGUUAACGGACUGCGUCAUGCUGAAAACAAUCGACUUCUCCUCAACAUGUACCCGGACUGGGAUCCUGGGAUGUCCUCUGGAAGAAAUAGGGGGACACUGGAGACUUCCAACAUGUCUCCUGGUAUUCUUGGCCCCGCCCCCAUGUCCUCUCAUGCGGUGGGUGGAAUGUCGUCCAGCUGGGGAGGAGGCGGAGCUUCUGGUCCGUCAGGAAACAACCCGGUGGGACAGAACAAGAUGAGGAGCAGAGUGGUCGUGGCUAAAUUCGAGCAGAACCUGAUCAACAACAAAGCUCUGUUGGCCUUCACGGAGUCGUUUGGUGUCCUGAGAGAACAUGUGGUCCUGAGGAACAAGGCGUUCUUAGAGAUGAGCAGUCACGAGGAGGCGCAGGACAUGGUCAACUACUACGAUCAACACCCGGCGCUGCUCCACGGCAAACCCAUCACCUUCUACCUGUCCACCAGACAGAUGUUCAUCGAGAAGGAAGAUCGCUCCUCCAACACGUCCAUGGACAGGUCAGGGCGGGAGGUCAAAGGUCAGAGCAGUAAGGUGGUCUUCUUCUCCAACCUUCCCAGAGAAGACGACAAGAAGAAGGAGCUGCUGACCAUCGCUGGACGCUUUGGCGUCGUGGAGAAACACCUGUUUUUGGCCCACCAGGCGUUUGUGCAGCUGGGGACGCCGCAGGACGCCGAGAUGCUGGUGAAGUAUUACAGCGUGAACCCGCUGACCAUCAGAGGGCGCCACAUCCGCCUCAACAUCUGCACCAAGUACAAGACUCUGACUGUUAAUCAGAGACAGAGUUCUGCCGGAGACAAACGCAGCCCGAGGAGCAGCAGCGCCAACAACUCCUCGGGUUCCAGAACCUCCUCUAACUCCAGGACGCCGUCGUCGACCAAAUCCUCGUCCAGGACCAGAGACGAGGACAAGAAGAAGAAGAAGAAGGAGGAGAAGAAGGAGGAGAAAGCUGCCUCAGAGGAGGAGGAGGUGUCCGGAGUGAUGGAAGGAGAGAACGAAGCUGACGGGGAGGGGGAGGAGCCGGGAACCGAUGGAGACGAUAAGGCGGAGGGGGCGGAGUCUGGGGAGGAGCCAGUGAAGGAGUCACCAGGAGGCGUUCAGGAGGAGCAGGCGCCUGGUGACGACGCCCUCAACGCUGCUCCAGAGCCUGUGGGCGGGGCUGAAGGUGAGGCGGAGCAGAGGGCGGGGCCAGAGGGACAAACUGGACCAACAGAAGCUGACGUGACGACAGAGGAAGACGAGAAUAAAGAAGCAGCAAACGCAGAAGCCGCCGAGAGUUCAGAGGCACUGGAGGCGGAGUCAACCGCUGACACGGUGGAUCAGGAGUUCAUGGAGAACAUGGAGGACUUUGUGACGCUGGACGAGAUUCAAGAGGACGAGGACGAGGAGCUCGGAGACGGCGAGAACUUCGACAACACGAGGAAAGGAGGCAUGCGUGUGGUGAACAUCGUGGGUUUCAGACGUGGUUAUAAUUUCCGCACUGAGCUGCUGGGACUCGCCGACCCGUUUGGUGAAGUGGUCAAACACCUGGUGCUGGACUUACGACCAGAGGCGUACCUUCAGUUCAGGACAGAGGAUGAAGCUCGAGCCAUGGCAAAGUUCUACAACAGUAACGUGACGGCGUCCGUGUGCAGUCGACCCGUCAGGAUCAGUCACUCCAUGACUUACCCGACCAUCCAGUGCGGCUCCAGUAAGGUCAUCUACGUGGGUCAACUCCCCACCGGCAAGUACACGGACGACGACGUCCUGAGGCUGGCUCAGCCGUACGGGAACGUCAGGAAGUACUUCCUCAACCGCAUCAAGAGAGAGUGUUUCAUCGAGAUGGAGAAAGCAGCCGACGCCGAGAAGAUGGCCGAGGACUGCAGGGCCAGCGCUCAGAAGCUCGGCGGCAAACGUCUGACCAUCUACGUGAGCAGGAAGUACCGGCAGCUCAAACACGGACAUUUAAGCUCAUUUGCUCAGAAGAGAGAAAACAGCAGCAACAAGUCGUCGUCCAAACACGACGAGGAACCUCCACCCAAGAAACAGAGGGAGGAGACAGCCAAGGAGACGGAGGACGAGGAGAAGGAGAAGAAAGAGGAGGAGGGGACAAAGGAGGACGAGGAGGAGGAGGAGGGAGACGUUGAGAGUGAAGUUUGUGAGGAGAAGAUGAAGAGCAGUGAGGAGCUGCAGGAGGUCAAACAGGAGGAGGAGCCAGUGGAGCAGACGGAGAUGUCCACCAAUCAGGACGGACAGACUGAAGCUCCUCCCUCUGCUGAGAACAAACCCAGCGCGGCGUCUCUGCCGCUGCCGCCGUACGACGCCGACACGCCCGUGGGUGUGGAACACGUGAAGACCGGGUUUUACUGUCGAGUCUGUUUCCUGUUCUACACAAACGAAGACAAGGCCAAGAAAGUCCACUGCAGCAGCCAGACGCACUACGACAAGCUGCAGAAACAUCUGGAGAAGGAGGAGGCGAAAGCAGAGAAGAAGAGAGGGAGGAAGACCACGACGACGUCCUGAAGACGCGGCACUGUCGCAGUUUUGUUUAGAACAGGGAGGUCCAAACUCCGGCUCACGGUGAGAUUUUGUACGGCUGCAGCUUCAGUUUCGUUAAGUAUUAUUUAUGGCCCGAGAGGGCGGGGCCUCACCUGAGUCCAGACGUGGUCUCACCUGAGUCCAGACGUGGUUCCAUGGUCACAUCAAAUCUGACCCUGGGACACUGAGUGGACAAAUGAACUCACGUACUGGAGCUUUUACUUUGUGUUCAUGCUUCUUUGUUUGUUAAAUAAAGUUUGACUUUGUCUCCACACGACAGAACAAA